AUGGCGUCUGCGGAACUACUUUACAAACAAGCUAAUGAUGCUUUCUUUGAAGACGAUUAUGACGAAGCUUUAGAGCUAUAUAACAAAGCUAUUGAUUUGGACGCGACUAACCCUGAAUAUUUUUUGAAAAGGUCGGCUACAUAUCAAAAAAUGAAAAAGAAGGGUAAAGAAUCCUUAGCUGACGCCGAAAAAGCGCUCAGCUUAAUUGAAAGUAAUGAACAUACCGAACAAGACUCAAUUAAAGCAAAAGCCUUAUUGAGAAAAGGUAUUGCGUUAUUUGAACUUAAAAAUUAUCAAGAAGCAAAGAAAUCACUCGAGUCUUCUAAAGAAUUAAAUCCUAAUGAGAAAUCAUUAGCUACUUGGUUAAAAAAGACUGAAGCAGAAUUGGAAAAAAUUCCCAAACCAACACCAACACCCCCAGAUUCAGCUGGUUUCUUAUCUCAAAGUCGUGUAAGGCAUGAAUGGUAUCAAAAUGAUAACUUUGUUAUUGUCAGUAUUUUCAUCAAGAAUGUCAAGAAAGAAACGGUUGAUGUUUACAUGACGGAGAAAUCUUUAUCGGUCACGGUAAAACUUCCAACUGGAUCUGAUUAUUCAUUAGAACUUGAACCACUUGCACAUGAAAUAGUUCCAAAGGAAAGUAAAUAUGAGGUAUUGUCCACUAAAAUUGAGAUUAAACUCAAAAAGGCCAAUGCUGGUGCUAAAUGGGGAGUCUUGGAAGGAGAAGAUGCUGUGGUAGGAUCGGUUGCUUAUCCAUCAUCUGCAAAACGUGCAAAAAAUUGGGAUGCGUUAGAAAAAGAAAUCAGUAAAGAACAAGAAAAACCAGAAGGAGAGGCAGCUUUGAAUUCUUUAUUCCAACAAUUGUAUAAAGAUGCUGAUGAUGAUACUAAAAGAGCCAUGCUGAAGAGUUAUACAGAAAGCAGUGGAACUUGUCUCAGCACAAAUUGGGGUGAAGUCAGUAAAGGUAACGUAGAAACAAAACCUCCUGAAGGAAUGAUUGCCAAAAAGGUAAAGUCAGCAAAUUUGAAAUUUUUCUUUCCCUCUCUUUUUUUUUUUUGA